CUAUAAUCCAUUCCUUUUGGUAGAUCAACGCCAGGACAGUUGCAAGGAAUUAGAAGCAUUUUGCCAUUUUGCAGUAACGAAAGCUGUAUAGAAUACUAUCCUUUGUAAUUUCUAGAUGUUUUUGUUAUAAGGAAUACUCGACUAUAGCAUUGUCGGAGCGUGCUCAGACUGAUCCUACAACGAAAUGGCAGACUUGGAAGGGUUGUUCUCUAGGAUCUUCGCUGUUAAGCUCUACAAUGAUGCGCCUGGGCCAACGAGUCAAAACCCGCCUGUGGUGGUGCUCUCAGCGCUGGCUCAAGAGCUUGAGGCGGAAGCGGCUGCUGGUGCGGCCAGGCCUACGCUUGACGCUGCUUUGAUGGACAGGGUGUUGGUCGCGCGGCUCAUCGAAUCACCACCAGCAAACUAUCCGCAGCCGCCCAUCCACUACCUCUUGGGCUGCUACGAGCGAUCAUCGGAGGAGCUAAGGAAAGCUGGCGCGAACGAGCGAGUCAAGGCAGCAGUGGCUGCGGCUCGCGACCUCAUCCUUAACUACACCGGUCUAGCUCUCUUCGCCGGCAUGCUUCCCCAGCCGCCGUCCCUCGAGACCCGUGGGUCACUCCAACUCAUGGACGCCCUGCUCCUUCGCCACGGCCUCUCUACGGUUGCGUUGGCUACGGCCGUUGCGCCGUACUUUGCGAGUGCCGUACAAGCAGGAGCCGUACCGUACGGCGGUGCUAACGCUGCAGCUUCGUCGUACGCUUCGGGUGUCGUACCAAUGCCGGUUGGGUUUCUAGAGGAGUUGGCGGGCCGGUACGACAACGAUGAGGGGCUGGCGGAGGCUGCUUCAAAGAUGGUUGUGGAGCUGUCUCGCCUGGUCUCCCGCAUCUCCCCACUCGGAGACCCCGCGCCGCACCUCACCUCCCUCGCGCACAUCCUCUCCUGCGAGCCACUGACCCGUGGGUCAGUGCUGGCUGCCGCUGCCGGCGGUCCCGCAGCCGCUCAAAUGAGUCGCCACUGGCUCCCGGCGGAUGUGCGGGCGGCGGGGGCGGGCAGGGCGGUGGUGCAGCCGGGGAGCUGCUGGCUGGGGCCGUUUUUCAACAUCAGCCCUAUCCCCGACGACGUGCAAGGCGCUCCCCCCCAGGAGCCCUCCGUACUCGCCCAGUGCUUCGCCGGGGCCGAGCAGCGCCGACCGGGGGACAUGGCGUCCGCCAGCAGCGCUCUCAGGCUGGCCAUGCGGAACAUCACCGGGCAGCUGCAUGGCUGUGUCAAGUCGCUGCUCAAGUGCAGGACCACCAAGUCCCCCAUGCUGCGGUGGCUGGGUGCGGUGCUGGAGGCAAAUGCGGGGCGAGCCAAGCUGCAGAUACAGCCCGAGGCGCUGGCGGGGGAGGGCUUCCUGGCCAAUGUGGCGGCGGUCCUGCUCAAGCUAUGCGGCCCCUUCCUGGCCGACGAGUCCGCCUUUUGGAAGCGAGUGGAUCCGGGUUUCGUAGCGGCAGCGGAACGUACGGCAACGCCCUCGUCAUCCAGUGGUGGCAGUACGGCAGCUCCCGGAGGCGGCAUGCUGGAAGUGUCGUACGGCAAUGAAACACGUCUGGCGGCGGGGCGGGAGGAGGAGGCGGGGUGGCGGGAGCGGGUGCUGAGUCAUGCAGCGGCGUCCGGAAGCGGCAGCCCUGCUAGCCCCGACGUCGACGGCUACCACUUCAUCUGCCAGGCGUUCUUCCUGACCGCCCAGGCGCUGCACGUGGGCCCUGUGCGGGGCAUGACCUACCUGAGCGAGGACAUGGGGCGGGAGCUGAGGUGGCUGCAGGGCGUAGUGGGGCAGUUCGAGGCGGCCAUUCAAGAGUCCUCGCACCCCGCCGAGCGGGCUAUCCUGGAGGGGCGGCUGCAGCAGGCACGAGGCCAGCUGGACUACAUGCAGGCCCGCUACCAGGCCUACCUGGCAGUGCUGCUGGACCCCGCCCUGGUGGGCGACAUGCUGGCGUUCUACAGGCUCAUGGCCUCCUGGCUUUUCAGCCUGGCCACCAGCGGAGGAGGAGCAGGAGGAGCAGGGGGGGCACCUCCCCCCCCUGCGGCCUCCCUCACACUGCCGCUACCGGAGCCGGCACCGCAGGCUUUCACCUGCAUGCCGGAGUACUUCCUGGAGGACAUGUGCACCGGGCUGCUCUUCCUGGGCCGCGCCGCCCCGCAGCUGCUGAGUGCCGCCGCGGAGGGCAGCGGAGUGCGGCUGGAGCGCUUCGUGGAGGUGUUCACGUGCCUCAUGGCGUCGCCGGGGUAUGUGCGGUCGGCGUUCCUGAGGUCCAAGCUGAGUGAGGUGUUGGAGCUGUGGUUGCCCCGGGGGGAGGGGGAGGAGGAGGCGGGUCGCGGCAACCCCUUCCGUCGCUCCCUUCGUGCCCCUUCGUCUUCCUCCUCCGGCCUCUCAGCCGAGCUCGCCGCGCUCUUCAACUGCAGCCCCCUUGUCGUACGACACCUCGCUCCCGUGCUCGUACAGCUGUACAACGACAUCGAACACACGGAGCGCCAGGGCGCCUUCUACUUCAAGUUCAGCAUGCGAGUCACGAUUGCCAACAUCCUGCGAUACCUUUGGCAGCAGCCGCAGCAUCGUGCCGUAUGGCUGGCUGCCGUACGAGCGGAACAGUACCGCGGGCACGGAGAGCGGUUCGCCAACAUGCUGCUCAACGACCUGACCUACCUGCUAGAUGAGACGCUGCGGCUGUUGCGGCUGGUUCGAGAGGCGGAGGAGCUGAAGGGCGAUGAGGCGCGCUGGGGGGCCAUGCCGCGGGAGGAGCGUGACGAGUCGUUGCGGCAGUUGGAGCUGAACGGUAACAACCUGCGAGCCAUGAUCCAGUCGGCAACCUCCGUCAUCGACACACUCAACUUCAUUACCGAGGAGGUUGACACCACCCGCACGCUGCUCCAACCCCACAUGGUCACCCGCCUGCGUGACUCGCUCAACUACUUCCUGGCUCACCUUGUGGGGCCGGAGCGGCGGCAGCUGAGGGUACGGCAGCCGGAGAAGUACGGCUUCAAUGCACGCGAGCUCCUCCGCGGCCUGGUCACCGUGUACCUGCACGUAGACUCGCUGGACCGAGCCGCACCCGGCCCCGGGGGCCCCGUGUUUGCAGCGGCAGUGGGGGCGGACAAGCGCUCCUUCCGAGCAGAGUACUUCAUGGAGGCUCUCUCCGUACUGGACUCCUCCGGCCUGCUGUCGCUCUCCCAGCGCGAGCAGCUGGGCUCCCUGUCGCAGCGCGCUCUAGCCGCCAGCAGUGCGGAGGAGGCGGAGGAGGAGGAGAUGGGCGGCGAGGUGCCGGAAGAGUUCGCAUGCGGCAUCAUGAGCACCGUCAUGAAGGACCCAGUGCAGCUGCCCAGCGGUGCGGUGGUGGACCGCCCCAACAUCCUGCGACACCUGCUGUCCGACCCCACCGACCCCUUCUCGAGGCUGCCGCUGGCCGAGGAGCAGCUGACACCGCUGCCGGAGCUGGCGGCCAGGAUUGGCGAGUGGCGGAGGGCGCGCAGGGGGG